ACAAUGAAAAAGAUUAUGAAAAAUUGGAUUCUUUGGAUCCUACUGUUUAAAAACUGGACUGAGGUACACUCCUUCCUAUCUCCGGCCGAAGUUUGCAAGACUCCGACUGAGGUUAAGUCCGCCAAGACCAAAAGAUCGGAUGAAUUCCUGUCGAGGUAUAUGGUGGAGGACGACUGUAACUACUGGGUUGGGAAGGAUGGUGAAGGUCACGAAAUUGUUUUGGAUUUUGGUUGCAUCACUGUGAUUGACAGAGUUAUCAUCAAGAACAGACAAGCAUACUGUGGUGACCCAAACUCUGAUAAAAAAUGUAGUACGCAGGAGAUUAAGAUAUCUGUCUCCGAAGACGAUUCUACUUACACUGACGUAGUAGGCUCUUACACCCUUAAAUCUGCUGCAGAUAAGGGGUGUAAUGUGGCUGCUGAUCGAAUACCUUUAGACCCUUUGACAAGGGCCCGAUACCUCAAGAUAACAGUGUUACGCUCUGUAUCUGGUAGUGGGCCUGCGCUACAGCUUAUUGAAGCCGAAACCAUUGUUGGUUCUAUUAGAACGUCCUUAUCCAAGAUGCCGAGCGACAUCGAAGGGGAAGAAUCAGAUUCAGGCCAUACCACCAUUUCUUGCCCUAUGUCAUGCAUUUACAAAGAAGAUUGCAGAGGAUAUUUGCUCAUGACAGAUAAAACCUGUAAAACAUUUAAAAACUGGAAAACUGUUGUGGAUAUAUCAAGUGAUGUUACAUCUUUUGGAGAUUUUUCAAACAUUGAUAUGGAUUGUCCCGUAAAAGGAAGAACCGUGACUGCUGGAACUGGAGUCAGCAUACAAUCUCCGCCUGGGAUGAACACUCAGGGGCUUUGUUAUCUAGCUUGCAG